AUGAAUUCCCAGAUAUUGCCUAAGAAGAGAGGACAGAAUCCGCCCAAUGGUGGAAGCAGCAGGGUAAGCUCGCUUCACGACUUGUCCAAUAAGGGAAGAGCUAUAUCGGGGAGGUCGCUUUCCAAGUCCAAAAGAGUUGCUUCUGGCAAUCGUCACGUAAGUAGGGGUGAUCUUUUCACCAGACCUGAUGAAGAUGCGAUUCACUUUGAUGAAAAUAAACAUACAAUCUUAUCGAACUUUGAAGAAUGGAUUAAGUUGUCUACCGAUAACAAGAUCACAUCGAAGAACUCGUGGCAGUUCGCUCUUAUUGACUAUUUCCAUGAUUUGAAUGUGAUUAAAGAUGGUGAGAAUAUCAAUUUUCAAAGAGCGUCUGCCACUUUGGAUGGUUGCGUUAAGAUUUAUUCCAGUAGGGUGGAGUCAGUUGCGUCGGAGACCGGGAAGUUACUUAGUGGGCUAGCCACCAAAAAAAAUCAAAAUGCCGAUGGAGAGGAUGAUGAGGAGGAGGAUGAUGAAAAUAACGAAGCCAAUGAUGAAGCCAAUGAUUCGACUGGUGGUGAAAACGAUGGCAGAAAGAAAAGGAAAAUCAACAGGAUACUAGAGUCUACUUUGGUUGAUUUUGAUACUAUACGAAUCAAGAAAUUGGACCAGGAGCUUGCCAUUGAUCCAUUAUUCAAGAAGGCGUUGGCGGAAUUUGAUGAAGGGGGUGCUAAGAGUUUAUUGCUCAAUACUUUAAACAUAGAUAAUUCUGGUAGAGUUGUUUUUGAUGCUACCACCAAUAAGGUGAAAGAAGACAAUGAAGACGAAGGUGUCAGCUUACAGCCAAAUGGACACGGUGAUGCAGACAUAGACUUUGAUGGGCUUCAAUCAUUUCUUUAUAAAGAUUCUGCUGAGGAACUCGACUCGGUUACGAUCUGUCCUUCUUUGAAAGAAUUGAAGGUAGUUUUAAAAGAUGUUAAUAAGGCCAAAAGUUUACUAAGUGAUGUUAAUAAUAAGUUUAUACAAGAUGAUGAUAGACUUAGUAAUGCAGCAGACACUCCUUCGAACCUUGGGGAUUAUGAUCAAUUUGGUUUUGAUAAUUAUGAUGAUGGUAAUUUUGGUGAAGAUAAUGAAUUGGAUGAGAAUGCUGAAGCAGGCUCUGCAUUUAAUUCCACGAUAUAUGAUGGUAUUGCACGCUUAUUUCAAGGUGCUGAUGAAUAUGGAGAAGAGGUUAUGCAAACAAAGGUAUUGGAUCAAGAUCUUAUGGCAUAUUUCGAUGACAGAAUGAAGACUAAUUGGAGGGGUCCUGAACACUGGAAAGUUACUAAUUUGAAAAAGACAAAAAAUCAUAUUGAAAAUAACACAACCAAAGCGAGUGAUGAACCGAUUAAAAAUGACGAAAUGGCUGACCCAAUGGCCAACGUUGCAACUAAGAAGAAGAAGAAAGAAGAUGUUAUUGUUAAUUUCAUUGAUUUUGAAAUUGAAGACGAUAAUGAAGAUGAGAUUUUCCAAAAACCGAAAAAUAUGUCGAUGCUUCUUAUCAAAAGCCUGGACCGUGCUAACGAAUCGAAAAACAUGUUACCUGAGGAUAUUCAAUUCAAUUCUAAGAAAUUAACUAACUUAUUUGGUAAGAAACAUAAAUCAAUUUCCCAUUUCACUAGAAAAACCAAAGACGAUUAUAAAGCAGAAAAUAACGAAAAUGAACCCCAGCUUACUGACGAAAACUAUUUCUCCAAACAAUACCAAAAGGAAGAAGAAGAAAGACGCCAGCAAGAACAACUUGCGGCUUCGUUCCAACAAGCAGAGUACGAAGAUUACGAUAAUGAUGAUUUCGGCGAUAUCAAUUUCAACGACGCACUUGAAAGUAACCCAAACGAAGUCAAUGGCGAGGUCAAAUCAGAAGAAGAGCCCGGUACCCAGCUUCUUACCGGAGGCCGUAAAGCAAGACCCGAAUACGUAAACUUCUCCAGAGUUGCCAAAAGAGUUGAUGUCCGGUUGUUGAAAGAUAACCUAUGGAAGAGUAUCUCCAAAAAAGAGGAAGAAGCGGCCAUUGAAGACCAACCAGUCAAGACCGAAAAGAAGUUUGCUGAUGUCAUAACCUCGAUUGGUAAGAUGUACAAACCCGAAGAAAGAAAAGACCUUUCCACCAGUUUCUGCUUCAUCUGCUUGCUACAUUUGGCCAACGAACACAGCUUGGAUAUCACCAGCACCGCUGCCCAUGACGACUUGAGAAUCACCGGCUUCUAA